CUGGGCUCAGAGAUCACCACAAUCCUUUUCAACUUCAUGUGCAACAGCUCCUGCAUGGGAGGCAUGAACCGCAGACCCAUCCUCACCAUCCUGACCCUUGAGACUUCAGACGGACAACUUUUGGGCCGAAGAUGCUUCGAGGUGCGUGUCCUGCGCGUGUCCGGCAGGGAUCGUAAAACAGAGGAGGCAAAUAGUGCCAAACUUCAGACAGGGGCCAAACAAGUGAAGAAAAGAAAAAGUGCCCCAGCAACAGAUCCUGAUAUGUGCAAAAGGAAGUCUGGCUCAAGCACAGACGAGGAGGAAGUACUUAUGUUGCCAGUUAAAGGCCGUGAGCGCUAUAACAUGUUAAAAAAGAUAAUGAUGCAUUAGAACUGGCUGAAAAAGAG